GUCACUUAACUUUUAUAAUUAAGGCUUCCGUACUUUGCAAUGACAUUAAACAUAAGAAUUUCGAUUACAAUCAUAUAAAUCUUUAAUUUUGACACAAAUUGACACAAAUUAUGAAAUUAAAUAAAAUCACACCGUAUAGUUCAUAUUUCUUUUCCAAAGCCCUCGGUCUUAGCUUUCUUCACGUCUUGUCUACGAUCUCUCUGUAGUAAAACUGCCACUACUCCGUACAAGAAAAUCGAUUUCGUGUAAAUAAACAAUGUAGCAGACACAUAAUGAAUGAUGAAAACCUCUAUGAUAAACGGUUACGCAUGACAAUACGAAAAAAUGUAACUUUACAAACGGGUUCGCAGUAUGAUGUACAUUACGAUAAUGACAGGCCGCGUGCAUAGAUAGACGACAGGGUACAAUGUCACUUUCUUAUUCAAAAGAAAGCUACAUAUGUAUCUCUAAAGACGCAGUGCCGCAGAUUAUCUACAGUAACCAGUAUUUUAUAAAAAUUUUUCGAGACUUCAAUACUUACAAGCAAUGUCCUUUACUCUUCAUUUGCUAUAUGGAUACGUAUUUGACAAAUAGGAUUCAAUUUCGUGUUGAUUAAAAUUUAAUUUUAAAAGUAGUAAGUAAUAAGGUAAUAAACAAGUGAUAAACAUUUUUGUGUACUAAAUCAAACGAACAAUAAAAAAUAAACAAAACGUUCCUUCCCGAUGUAUGAAGAAUGGGUGUUCUACAACCAGCUUUUAAUAUAUUAAUUAUUUGUGGAUGCUGGAUACCAUCUUCGUAUCGAGAAACAUACGCAAAGAUGCUAUACACGUUGUACACGAUCUUCGUGUUCCUUUUGCUUUACAGUUUCUGCAUAUCGCAGUUUAUGAAUCUGAUAUUAUAUGUAAGAUCGCCGGACGAGUUAAGUGAUAAUUUGUAUAUGUUCAUCGCGAAUUUUCUUGCCUGCUGCAAAUUCACCACGCUUCAAAUAAAUCGUAAAGCAAUUCAUAUUCUUAGAAGAAAGCUGGAGGAGGAGCCCUGUAAACCAGUGAACAAAGAAGAGAUCGAGAUUCAGAAUAAAUUCGACAAGAACAUUGGGUCCAUUACAAUUUAUUACACGAUUCUAGUAGAGGCAACGGUUAUUUCUAUGAUUCUGUCCUCUUUAUUCACCGACUUCAAAGAUAAAAAAUUGGCGUACAAAGCGUGGUUACCUUUCGAUUAUUCUAUACGAAAGUACUAUUAUAUUGCUUAUGUUCAUCAAAUCAUCGCCUUGAUCAGCACGUCGCUAUUGAACGUGGCAUGCGAUGUGAUUAUUUGCGGACUCUUCGUUCAUGUAUGCAGCCAACAAGAAAUAUUGAGCUGCAGAUUAAGAGAAAUUACGAAAGAAUCGAGGUCAGACAUUGGAAAAAUUGUACGAUUUCACAACUAUUUAUAUGGAUACGUUAUCGAAAUGAAGAAGAAAUUCACGAUAAUAAUAGGCAUUCAACUUUUAUCAAGCACUUUGGUGGUUUGUUUUAUUUUAUAUGAAUUAGCAAAUACGCCGCUUGUUAGCUACAAAUACUUACAAUUCGUUCUGUACCUGGCCUGUAUGAUGACGCAGAUUUUCUUUUAUUGCUGGUACGGAAAUCAACUCAAAUUAAAGAGUGUCGAGGUCGCAAAUACGAUUUUCGAAAUGGAGUGGCCGUUUCUUGAUAAUAGUACCAAGAAGAAUUUGAUAAAUAUAAUGAGAAGAGCCAUAAUCCCGAUUGAAGUGUCCUGCGCGUACAUAUUCACGAUAGACUUACACACUUUCGUGAGCAUAUUAAAAAUGUCGUACUCAACAUAUAAUUUACUUCAGAGGAAGAGGAGACAAUCAAAAAUGAAGCAACAAGAAGAGCAAUUUUCACCAACAAUACACAUACUACGGUGGACAUCAUUUUUGCUCACUAUCUGCGGCUGCUAUCCACCUUCUUCGUGGACGACCUCAUUCAAAAGAUCUUUGUACCGUGUCUACGGUGUGUUCCCAUUUCUCUUACUGAACAGUUUCCUGGUUUCUCAAAUAUUAGACGUAGUGUUCAACGUAGAGAACCAAGAAGAAUUUAGUGACAACUUCUCCAUAACGUUGGUCGUGUUGGUCACAUCAUUCAAAAUUUCUACAAUACUGAUGCGUCGUAAGAACGUUCUAUUUUUGUUUGACACGCUUCAAAAGAAACCAUUCUUGCCGAUGAACGUCAAGGAGCAAGAAAUCCGAUCGAGAUUUGACAAGAUUACCGAUUGGAACACGAUCGGUUAUACGAGUCUACUUUUAAUCUGCGCAUUCUGGAUAUAUGUGAGAUCUUUUCUCACGGAUUUCAAGAAUCGGAAAUUAACGUUCCGAGCGUGGGUACCGUACGAUUAUUCCUCUGCGUUCGCAUUUUUGCUUACGUACGCCCAUCAAGUUACAGCUGCGACGAUGUGUUGCCUCGCGAGCGUGGCCGGAGAUUCCUUGUACAGCGGGAUGUUGGUUCACAUUUAUUGCCAGUUCGAAAUACUCGAACAUCGCCUGAAAUACAAUAAAGGAGACGGAAAUUAUUUGGUAAAACAAUGCGCACGUCAUCACGAUCGUAUAUACAAAUUCGCUAAAAUGGUUAAUAACGAAUUCAAAAUAAUUGUGUUCUUUCAAUUCUUCAUAAGUAUGUCAGUGCUCUGCUUCAAUCUCUAUAGAAUGACGCAAAUCAAAAUUGAUUCCAAAUUCAUCGAAACGACUCUUUACUCGAUUUGUACCCUGACCCAGAUAUUUUAUUACUGUUGGUAUGGCAACGAGGUCAAAAUUAAGAGUCUGGAACUUCCUGAUAUGAUAUUCAGAAAUGACUGGUUGUCAUUGAAUAACGACGCGAAAAAAUCAUUCCUAAUUGUGAUGAGGCGCGCAAUGAAACCUGUUGAGUUUACCAGCGUUCACAUUGUCUCUGUCAAUCUAGAUUCCUUCAUGGCGUUAUUGAAGACUUCGUAUUCUGCAUUUAACAUGAUGCAACAAAACAAGAAUUUGUAAAAAAGUGAAGCAAAAGAUGUUUUUAAUCCUUUAACGACGGUGCUGGCCAUAUGAAGCACCUGUAAGAUCAUGUUAUUAAUCUUCGAACGUUAACCCGGAAAUUUAACUAUUUAAUUAUAGUGAUUUUCUGCUAGCCGUAACAUAAAAUUUAA